UAAAUCUAAUAGAAAAAUUAUCAUCAUGGUAUUGGAAGUCUCAAGUAAUGAAUCUAUUUGCCAGUCUUUCAUCAAAGUCGAAAGUAGGAUUGAGCCAUAUGCCUCGUAUGUAAAUUAUGAAAUAAGCAUUGAGACAAAUGAUCCUUCAUUUACUUUUGAGGAAAGCACUACCCGUCGAAGGUAUUCUGAAUUCAGAACUUUGCGUACAAUGUUGGUCAAGCAGUUUCGACAUAUAAGUAUACCAGAAUUGCCUCCAAAAGCUCCUUUUAAAAGUACUUUUGAUAUGGAUUUUGUGGAGCAAAGAAGAACAAAAUUAGAAGAAUUUUUGGCUAAGUUAUUAUCGAAGAAGAUCUUUCUAUCCAGUAGAGCUUUACACUUAUUCCUACAGAGUUCUUGUCCUAUGACAGAAAUAAAAGAUAUUGUUUCAGGCAAAUCUAGCCAUGUAGACGUGAAUUGGCCUGGAAUAGUAAAUGAAAGUGUAUCUCAGCUUAAAGAUGAAACAGAAAAAUGUCUUCUGAUGAAGAAAGUGAUGGCUCUUGUUCUGCUCCUGCUACUUCAUGUACAGCUAACUCUCAUUCUUCACCUAAUUGCAAAAGAGUAAGCUUCUGUGAUCAAGUAACAGUUGCAGAAAUUCAUACAGCAUAAAAAGAGAGAGAGAGAGAGAAAACAAUCCAUUGCUGAAAAUUAAAUGCCUGUUCUCUACAAUUUUUGGACCACUAAAUUUUAAUAUUGAAUAUUAAUCAUUCCUCAAACACAUUAGAUGGAUUCUAAAUGUGCUUCUCUUUCUUUACAAUGUGUUCUUACGAUCUGAUUAAGGGAAAAUUGAUCUAUUUAUAUGUUCAUACCUUUCUCUUAGAAGUCCAAAUUCUAGUCCAUGAUAUCCUAUUUAUUGUUUUCAUCACUUCAUUCAAAUUAACAUUUCUUUGCAGACAAUAAUUCAAAGUCAUUUUUGUAGAAACAGUAAAUUUAUAAACAUCCUUUCUAUUUCAGUUUCAGAAAUGCAGCUGACAACAAUUAUUCUAAUAUAAAUUGUUGUUGGCUGUAUUUGUGUUGGAUUCCGUUCUUGACUUGAAACUAAAUGUUUCAAAAGCUAAACCUAAAGAUGUUGAUAAAUGUUCUAAAAAAACUCUUGAGUGAAAACGUUAAUUAAAAAAUAUUUAUAUGAAUUUUGGCAUCUAGAAAGUAAAAGUGCUUUCUUCUUGUGAAAAUAAAUCUCAGUAAUUUAUUGUUUAUUUUAAAAAUUUGUCAUUCAGCAAUCAUUAAACAAAUUCCAUGAAAGAAAUUGGUGAAAAAAUAUAAUUUUUAUAUUAUUAAAUCUAUUAGGAUUAUUAUUUUAAUUAAUCUAUAUAUGAUUGUAUUUGUUUUAUGUAUAUUCUGUCAUUAAAUCUCCCAGAAAAAAUUUAUACCACAGUUAUGCAUUUAUACACAUCAUUAAGUUCUUUGCCUUGUAUUUUUGCAAGGUGAAUUAUAUAAUUUUUUACAAUUAUUACAUUUGCAUUGAGAAAAAUCCCUAAUUCAUAGUAUUGUAUAUAUCUAUGAAAAGGUAUGCAAGUUAAAAGGAAAGGUGAUUGCAAAAUCACUAUAAAUUUUCUGAUCUAAACAAAUUUUAUAUCGUAUCAUACCAUAUUAUGGUUAUGUGCACUCAUUAUGCAUAGCAAGUUCAACUGACUACUUCAUGUAGUAUGUAUGCAUAUUUUUGUAUCUAUUCACUACAGGCUGAACAAAAAGCUUAUUCUAACAUCCUUGGUAUAAUUUUAGGCUUUAUAGCUGUAAUUUAGUAUUUUAUCUGUUAAAUACAAUUGAAAAUGUCUUAAGACGUGAUAUGCUCAAUUAUAGAAUCUAGCUUUGUCAUUGAACAUUUUGCUCUGAAUUGAAGCAGCAUUUUCAAUUGCCAGUAUUAAUUGUAAAACAUAAUUUGCCCAAUUAUAUAGUCCUCAAUUUCCAGUUUGUAACGCAUAAUUUUUGAUUUUGGUAUAAUAAUUUCUCAAUUUACUCACUGGUGUGAAUCAGCUAUGCAUCAUUAUAUUUUGUAUGAUCUUCGGUAAUUUAGGCAAAUUUCCUGAAUAUUAUUAAUCUUUUUUGAUACAUCUGAAGUUUUUCACUAGAUUAUUUUAAUGGCCAGCCUGAUACAUGCUUGGCUUUCAAAGUUUGUACAUGAAAUAUCUUAUUCUUAUUAAAUGAGUAUGAAGAAUUGUUAUUUAAUUGCCUAUUAUCAGCUAUCUUCAUGAUUAAAUUCAAAAAGAACAAAAUUACCAAAGAUCAAACGAAAAUUUAUAGGAACAACUUUAUAAUCACCUAACAUAAGUGUGAUAGUUUAGUAGUUUCUGACAAAAAAUAUUUUCUAUGCAAAAUUUAAAAAAUAAAUAGUUUUGUACUAUAAAUUAAUAUAGCUUUAUUACAGCUUGAAGUAAUAAACCUGAAUACUGAUAUCCAUUAACAGUAUUUUAAUGAUGUCGUACUGUUAGUUGAUAUUAAAUUGAUCUGAAGCAUUUGUAUGUGUGAUAUCGAGUAAAAUAUCAAAAACAUAAAUUAAAAUUAUUUUGUACCAGUCUUUUGUAUAUUACAUUCUUAUACAAUUUUGAUUAAGGGACUGUGAUAUGUAUAUUAAGGAGUUAUAAAUACUAUUUUCAUAUAAAACACUCAUUUUGUCGAGUUUAGUUACAUUUUUUUUAUAUUUUUAAUAUAGCUACUGAUUAUGUAUUAAGAAAAAAAUAAGAAGUCAUUUGAAAAAGUUAGCUCCUUUUCCAAAGGAUAGCUAUACGUAGUAGGCUAUUUUUAUGUAAUAUUGGAAGUAUCAGAGACAAUUUGUAAUAUUUAUUUGCCCAGUGUUGUUAUUAUUGUUAGUUUCAUAUCAAUGAUAUUUAUUCGAAUAUUCUUUAAAAAAUUUAGCUUUAUUGUCAAACAAGUCCCUUAAUGAUUUUGUUAUUCUUAAAUUUGCUAUUACAUUUGUAAAUUUCUUCUUUUUUAUAAAUAUUAAAGUGCAUUCAAAUAUUUCUUUGUAUUAAAUGUCUAAAAAAAUUGUGUGAAAAUUGCAUUACUUGUGUUUUAAUUUAAACAUGGGGAUUUUGAAAUAGCUUUAUUGAAAUGGAAUGAGGAUUAUUGAUGUUGAAUCUUUCAUUCUAUCUUUUCUUGUAGUAAAUAUUUAAUGUGAUAAAUGUCAUGCCUAUCUAGGUGUUCUUUCUGUCUAACCUGUGAUAUUCAAUUUCCUUAAUACGAUAGUAUAUUAUCAGUCACUGGUUACUUACAUAUUUUGAACAGAAAUUUCAGUGUCAGUUAUGAGUGACUUACAUGGCCCUUUACAUGUUAAAGGGAUUUUGAUAUUGGCUAUCCAAUUUCUUUUGUAAUAUAUUUUAAUUUAAAAUUAUAUAUUAGUGAAAAAUUAUGUUGAAUUGAGAAGUCACAAAUUUUUACAAAAUGUCUCUUACUACUUUGUCAUAAAUUUUAAAAGCAUUCCAAAGUAUCUUUUAAGCCAUUUUUUCAUGCAAAAGGUUUCAGGUUUUAUUUUUAUUCUAUGUUUUCAGUCUGUCUGAAUUGCUUCAAAAUCAUUUCUAUGCGGUUGUUAAAAUAUGCAUGUAUUAUUUUCUUAUCUUUUGAAUUGAAGACUCUUAUAGUUUUGUUUGUUUACACUUAACAAAAAUUUCAUGAAUAUAUUGGUGCUUUUGUCUUUUAUGUAUAUAAUAAAACUGUUUUUGAAUUGCAACUGUUUUAAGGUGUGUGUGUGUGUGUGUGUGUGUGUGUGUGUGUGUGUGUGUGUGUGUGUGUGUGUGUGUGUGUGUGUGUGUGUGUGUGUGUGUGUGUGUGUGUGUGUGUUUAUAUAUUUUCAUUUCAUGAAAGGACCAUUACAAAAAUUUUGUUGUUCUGAAUGUAUUAAAUAUCAUUAUUUUGUUAGUGAUGUGAAGAGUAUUCAAGGAUAUGUUAUAAAUAAGCGCUAAAGAAAAGUUAGCACUUUCAAUUUUGUAUCUUGAAAUUUUUUUUACAGUCUGAACUGAAACUACAUUUAAAUAUUUUCUGGACAUUUAAAAAAUAGUUAAUUUUGUAGUCUGAAUACCAUACAGGAAACAAUUUUGUUCUUUAUGGAAUCUGACCUUAAAGCUUUAGUCUUGUCAUUACUAAAUGUUGCUUAUUUUCUGAAUGUACAAUAUUCUGUUGUCAUGUAAUGCAAGAACAAUAUAAUUGCAGAUAAUAAAAUAAUGGAUGUAUAUAGAGUUUCUAAUCAUUAGUAUGAUAUUAAUACUUAGUUAAGAGAACAUUUGUAUGUAGUAAAGCUUCGUUCACAUGAAGCCAAGCAUUGUGUGCAGAAAAUGCCACAUGCCACAGAGGAACAAUAUGUGAUCCCAGUGCGAAUAUGGCCAAUAAUUGUCUCAUCCUAUUGAAGUCGCAUGAUCUUCCUGAGGUAGCCAUGGCAUUCUGUUGUGCAUAAUGGGUGACCUUGUGCAUUCUUUUAAUAUAAUUUUAACAGCUGCGGAAUAAUGUAAUUCAACGAUUUGAA